AUGGACCACCCUAGCACACCAUCGGAUUCAGGCGCGGCGGCGGCGCCGGCAACGUUGAGAGUGGCGGCGGGGCGGAAGGGCAAGGUCGGCAGCAUGCGGGCCUCUUCCUCCAUUGGUCGUGGAUCCAGCAGGGCAGCUGGCCUCUUCCCCGUUGGAGGCAGGUCCGGCUCGGCAGCCGGCCUGCUCCCCUUUGGUCGCGGAUCCAGCCCGCCGGCCGGCCUCCUUCCCUUUGGCCGCAGAUCCAUGGCUGCAUCCGGCGCGGCCGAAUCCUCCCCUAUCGGAUUUUCGUUCCCUCCAUCGCCACCUGCCGGCGCUAGUCCAGGGUCUUCCUCAGUUCGGCAUUCAGAUGCAACAUGGGAUAAAGACACACAAGGUGGUUUCAUGAGGUACUUUGGCAAUCAGCCACAUAAUUUUCAUUUGGUUGGUACACCUUCUCACAAUAGCCAUGUCAAUAUAUCUAUUCCUGAAACCAAUGGAGGAAGUUCUCCCUUAGAGGUGGAAUUCUUAUCAGAGCAGCUACCUGUUCUAGUCAAUGAUGAGAACGAAAUGGUUAGGACUGAGAAGCGGAUUAUGUGGACACCACAAGAAGAUGAAAGAUUGAUGAGUGCUUGGAUUGAAAAUUCAACGGACUCAACCACUGGAGCCGAUAGGAAGGGCGAAGCAUAUUGGGGUGAUGUUAUCAAGGCACCGCAAAGGAAAAGGAAUGCAAAGCAAGCCAAGGAUCGUUGGCACAAGAUUAAUAGGUGGUGUGACCUCUUUGAAUCUGAGUAUUUGAAGGCUCGUAGGGUGUUCACAAGUGGCUACUCCGAUGAGAUGUGGAUGGAUACAGCCGAGAAGUUCUAUUUGGAUCACAAGCUUGGACCCUUUGUGAUUAAGAAUGUUUGGAAAAUUUGUCGUGAAGUGCCGAAGUGGAAAACAUACAACGAAGAGCUGAAGAACACUCGUAAAAGGAAGUCAUAUCACCUCGAAGAAGAUGUGGAAAAUGUUGACAGUGAAGAUGAGAUGCCAAAGCGACCAAUGGGACAAAAGGCAGCUAAAAAGUCCGCUCUUACUGCAAAAGGCAAGUCAAAGGCAAUGGGUGAUGAUGGAAAAUCAGAGGAAUCCGCAAAUCAUGUGGAACAGCUUGAUAAAUUGAGCAAGAUCAAGAAGAAGUUAAUGCAAACCGCAUGA